UCUUCACUUAUUUCUCUCCGUCCAUCCUUCUUUUAAAAUAAAACCCGGAUCGAUCUCCCUGUAACAUCUAACCGGGUCAUCUGUACUCUGUUUCUAUAUACUCUGUAUUUUCAAUAUCUACGACAAUAUUGGUUUCUGUUUCUGAGGGGUUUUGAUAUAUUUUGGCUCCAAGAAGACGUUGUGAUUCAGGGCCUAAAAGAGCAGAGGACAUAAAAAAGAGUGCAAAGAUGUUUACUUGCAUAAACUGUACAAAAAUGGCAGACAGGGGUGAGGAUGAUGAAGAUGAAGCGCGUGGGAGCACCACUCCCAAUACUAAAGAAGCCGUUAAAAGCCUAACUACACAGAUCAAAGAUAUGGCGUCGAAAUUCUCGGGUGCUCAUAAACCAAGCAAGCCAACUCCUGGCUCAUCGAGUAGCAACUUGAGGAAAGAGGAGAGAAAGUUUCCGGAUUUUGACACUGCAUCAGAAAGUGUUCCAUACCCUUAUCCAGGUGGAAGCACGAGUUCCACUCCGGCUUGGGACUUACCAAGAUCCUCCUACCAUCAGUCUGGACGGCCAGACUCAAGAUUUUAUGGUGGUGAACGUGAAUCCAUCUCUGCUCAGUCGUGUGAUGUGGUACUAGAGGAUGACGAGCCAAAGGAGUGGAUGGCUCAAGUAGAGCCUGGUGUUCAUAUCACAUUCGUCUCGCUUCCUAGUGGAGGAAAUGAUCUUAAACGGAUACGUUUUAGCCGGGAGGUAUUUGACAAAUGGCAAGCUCAGAGAUGGUGGGGUGAGAAUUAUGACAGAAUAGUUGAGCUUUACAAUGUCCAAAGAUUUAACCGACAGGCUCUUCAAACCCCUGGUAGAUCCGAAGACCAGUCGCAGAGAGAUUCAACUUACACAAGAAUUGAUUCGGCAAGAGAAAGCAGAGACUGGACACAAAGAGACAACAACUUCAGACCACCAGGAGGCAGUGUUCCACAUCACUUUUAUGGACCUCCAAUGGACGCAGCACGAAUCACCACCUCAUCUAGGGACGAUCCGCCUUCCAUGAGUAAUGCUAGUGAAAUGCAAGCUGAGUGGGUUGAAGAGGACGAGCCUGGCGUCUACAUUACCAUCAGACAGUUACCAGAUGGAACCAGAGAAUUACGCCGCGUCAGAUUCAGUCGGGAACGGUUUGGUGAAGUGCAUGCCAAGACAUGGUGGGAGCAGAACAGAGACAGAAUACAAACGCAAUACCUCUAAGAGGAAAAUCAAAAGAGCCAUUAUUUAAUCUUCUCUUAACACAACAAAAGAAAGGUAUACACAAAAUUCAAAAUUUUGUUCAUCUUCUUAAAUUUGGAAGAGAAUCAGAAUCAAUUCAGAACGGAAAAAUAUUGAGUUAUUAGAGAUUUCUAGUUAGCUAGUUCUCGGCGUUUUGAUAGCUGUGUAAUUUUCCUGACGAUGAUGACAUGAGCUUUAUGCCUUUAUUUAUUUGUUCAUUUUA